GCAGUGCUGACAGCUGGGGAUCGGACAGUCGACACUGAGAUAUAUGUGACAUCUGAACCAUCCGCCUAUCCACUACUUUCCGAACAGUCAGCCAAACAGCUCCAAUUGCUCCGGUAUAAUGAGAAGUUCCUAGUAAAGCGAGUGUCUGAGCCCUGCAAGAAAGUUUUGGCAAUGACUAGGCGCCAAAAGAUAGCUGACAUGAUUAUGGAUAACCCCGAGGUGUUCACGGGUAAGAUCGGCAAAGCCAAAACGAAUGAGGUGUCCCUGAUGAUCGAUGACAGUGUCACACCAGUGGUCCAGAAACAGAGACGGAUACCAGUCAAUCUCUCAGACCGGGCAGAAAGCAAGAUCCAAGACCUCCUGGACCAAGACACCAUAGAACGAGUUCCAGAUAACCAGCCACGCAGUUGGGUCAGCCCUCUGGUGAUUGCUCCCAAACCAGAUUCCAACGACAUUCGUUUCUGCAUCGAUAUGCGCAUGGCCAACAAAGCCAUACAACGCCCGUAUACGCAGAUACCAACAAUAGCUGAUAUUGUAAACAAAUUUCAAGGAGCAGAACGCUUCACUAAACUUGACCUCAAAGAAGCAUACCACCAGUUUGUCCUCGACGAACAGUCGCGUAACACCACCACUUUCUAUGGCCCUGAUGGCCUCUACCUCAGUACCGCUACAAAAGGCUCAAUUAGGAACCAAAUCUGUCCAGGAUAUCCUCCAGUUGGAGAUGCACAAGAUGCUGUCCGGUAUCCCAAGCCAGGUGAACAUAGCGCAUGA